AUGUUGAAGAAACUGGAGAUGCCAAAGCCAGUCUGCCUCAUUGAGUCAAUGCAGAAGAAUGACUUUCAGGUGAAUCAGGAGGCCCUGGACAUCCUGAGCUCCAUCAAGCAGCCUGUGGUGGUGGUGGCCAUUGUGGGCAAAUACCGCACUGGCAAGUCUUACCUGAUGAACAGACUGGCUGGGAAGCACACAGGGUUCUCCCUGGGAUCCACCAUCCAGUCUGAGACAAAGGGCAUCUGGAUGUGGUGUGUGACUCACCCCUGCAGAGAAAACCACACACUGGUCCUGCUGGACACUGAGGGACUGGGGGAUGUGGAAAAGGGAGACCAGAGAAAUGACACCUGGAUCUUUGCACUGGCCGUCCUCCUGAGCAGCACCUUAAUCUACAACAGCAUAGGGACCAUCGAUGAUGAAGCUGUGAUGACACUGCAUUAUGUAACCGAGCUAUCUAAGCACAUCAAGAUUUCCAGUGGCAAGAGUGAGAAGGAGGCCUCUGUUGAGUUUGCCCAUGUUUUUCCCCACUUUGUGUGGGCUGUGAGAGACUUCAUGCUGGAGCUUGAAUUAAAUGGAAAAAUCAUCACUGCUGAUGAGUACCUGGAGAACUCACUAAAGAUCAAAGUGGAAGCAUCAAACAGGAAGGACCCCCGCAAUUACAUCCAGAAGUAUUUCCCCAGUCGGAAGUGCUUUGUAUUUGACCAGCCUGCAUCUAAGGCAAAACUGAAAAAAAUAGAGCAGCUGAGUGACAAUGACCUGGACCCUGCAUUUGUUGAGCAAACAUCUCACUUCUGCAAUUACAUUUUCACCCAUUCCUGUGAGAAGAUCAUUCAGGGAGAGACCACAGUCACGGGGAGCAUGCUGGGAGGCCUCGCAAAAAUAUAUGUGGACACCAUCAGGAGUGGGGAGGUUCCCUGUCUGGAGAAUGCAGUGGAGGCCUUAGCUGAGAUAGAAAAUUCUACUGCAUGUGAGCAGUCAUUCACCCUCUACAGGCAGCUGCUGGGAGAGCGAGUGAAGCUGCACACUGAGACACAGGAGGAGCUCUCCACUGUUCAUGAAGUCUGCCUGGAGAAGGCGCUGCAGUUCUUCCUAGCCCACUCCUUCAAGGACGAAGAUCUGGUCUACCAGAAAAAACUCAAGGUGUGUAUAAUAGAAGAAUAUGAAAGAAUUUGCAAGGAAAAUGAGAAGCUUUCCAGGGAUCACUGCAUAGCUCUUCUGCAGCAGCUGUGGAAACAUUUGAAUCCAGAGUCAUUCAUGAGACCAAAGGGCUACGCUGAUUACCAACUAAAACUGGACGAGAUCAUUAAGGAGUACAGAGCUGCACCAGGCAAAGGCAUUACGGUACUGAUUCUGACUGUGUAA